UGAUACCAUUGGAAACGACAAGCUUGUGGUGUGUCUUGAUUUAGUUAAAUCUUUGCUACAGUCAAAUGCGUUUCCUUAUUUAAUUCCACUUCCGCAUCUGACAUAAAGUAACGCUAGACGCUGUAUAAUGAUUUUAUAGCAUAAAUAGAUUGUAUUAAAGUACAUUUUAUAGCGGACUGUUAACGAACAUGGUUUUGUAAUUGUGCGUAGUCUGUUGCAUUUGCAUGACAAAACAGGAGACACGGUGUGCUAUUUAGCUAGCUUAGCUUGCUUUUGCUAGCUACUUGACCAGACCAGCUAGAUAGAUUGUAGCCACUUCAACCUACACUACAACCUACACUACGCUAACGGAAUAGCUGGCUACAUAUUUUCAGAAUGAAGGUGUCCAUGUCCACCCCACACACAGCGACGUCUGGGCGGCUGUUAGUUCUGGCUGUUCAGCUGGUCCUGUUGGUGUGUGGAAGCCAGGCCAGUGACGACACCAAGAGGUGUAAGCUGUUCUCUGAGUCCCCGGCAGAACGGAAGGUCCUCAGUCUUCUAGAACCGCUCACUAACAAGACUUUCUCUGUGGCGACGACAAGCGGCAAGGAGAGCUACACGUACCAGUUCCAGGUGUGUGGGGAUGCAGGGAAAACGGUAGGAGCGGGACUCGUUCAGAUCGACCAUACGGAAAAAGAAAGUGAGACCGUGCUUGGCCUGUACACUGCAACACAGGCUAUCGGAGGAAGUGACUGGGUGAUGUUGAUCUACAGCAAUGGCACCAAGUAUGAUGGCCACUGUUCCAAGGAGAUGAGGAAAGCCAUUGUCAUGAUCUCCUGCAACAGAGGAGUGGAAAUGGGGAAGCUGGAAGUGGUGUUGGAGGAGAGGGAGAGGGACAGGGACUGUUUCUAUCUGUUUGAACUGGACUCCAGUGCGGUCUGUCCCGCUCUGCCAUCCCAGCUCAGUGCAGGCUCCAUAAUACUCAUCAUUGGGUUCGUCCUCUUGUCAGUGUACCUCAUUUGUGGAUUCCUCUACCAGCGGUUGAUUGUCGGGGCCAAAGGGUUGCAGCAGUUCCCCAACUAUGUCUUCUGGACGCAGGUUGGCAACCUGGCAGCGGAUGGAUGUAAUUUUGUGUGUAGGACACAGGGCCCCGAAGAGGAACCUCCCACAUACAGGGGUGUGUCCACAGAGCCAAAGGAGCAGCCAGAAGAGAGGGAUGACCACUUGCUUCCCAUGUGAUCUGAUGUCAGUAGUGGGAGGGAUCUAUCCCGUGUGAAGCUUUUGACACUUCGGAUAGAUAUUGCCCUUAGGCAGAGAUCUAGGAUCAUCACUUACUCUCUCCAAGUCCGGAGAAACAUAAAACUGACCUCAGUUCAGUGUCUAGGCGCAACUUCAUCCUAGUUCAUUUUGACAGUUUCAGGGAUGAGUUUAGAGGUGGGCACACUAGUUUAUGGAAGGCUGGAGGAUCUAUGACUCCUAAACACUUAGUUUGUUAUAUUAGAUGGUAAGUCACCUGCCCUGGUUUGCAUGGUCCAGGCGUCCUUAUUUGGAGGUGGCAACAAAAACCUGGAUACCCUUUUUUUUUCAUGAACUGGAGUGGCCACCUCUGGACAGAGAGUGACGUCUCAGACACUCUGUUACAUCUGGUUCAUCUGGCACAAUAGGUGUCGUUACUAGUUAACACUGCCACAAAGUCAUGAACCCCAUCUAUUUCUACAAUUUAAAAUCUGAUUUUUAAACCUAACUAACCUUAACCACACUGAACCUGAUGCCUAAGCCUGACUUUUAAAUAAAAUUUCAUUCAUUUUCAUGAUUGAGCCAAUUUAGACUUUGUGGCUGUCUAAUCUAGUGGAAACCGUAAGGACUUUCCGACGUGUUAGUGCUGACACAAUGCAACCAUAGGAACAGCUUCUAACAUGUGACUCCCAUCCAGUUUGUUUCAGUAGCUGAUGGCUGUGUACUGACUCGUAGGUCACACUUUAUUUGAAGGUCUGCUUAUACACUGCUUAGAAUAAUUUUUCCAUGGUAAUAUUACAGUAAGUGAAUAAGCAGGCUUUUGUUCAUGAUUUAUAUGCUUACAGGUCAUUGUAAUUAAGUGGUUUAUACAUUUAAAAUGGUUAGAUAUAUUUACGAUUGUUAAGAAAUAAUAAACACUCUUAGCCUAAAGUUUUUGAAUGGGUAAAAACAUUUAAUAACGACCUUCAAAUUAAGUUGGACCACAAUAUAGUACAGAGCCAUUCCAACCAAUGCACUGCUAGACACACAUUUAGUCUGUGUUGCUGUUUUAGAGUAGGAUGCUGACUGGGCCUUGACCAAAAUGUACUUCUGACCCGUUCUACCUUUUCCUUAGCUAUUUGAAGAGUAGGGUUGGAACCUAUUCCAUUUUAAUUCUGUUCCCAUCAGUUCACUUCCUAUGUUGACAAAAUUGAAAUGGCAUUGACCCAAACCAUGGUACUGAGUAGUAGCCUACUGUUAUGCUGUGUUCAUAACCAAGUGGGAAAGUGGUAAUUACCAGUUGUGAAGUUGUUAAUACCAGUUGGAUGCAUUUUACGUUCUUUGAAAUCGUUGAGAAACACUGAUUGGCUAAUGGCCAACAUGCAGCGUCAACUGUAAAUUAAAAGUACAGCUUUCACACUUGUAAACAGAUUAUAGUGUUAAAAAACCAUAUUAAUGGAUUUUUAUAAAUUAUGUUUUGUUGCAUUUAACAGCCAACAAAUGCUGUUAUCGAGGUAAUUUUCUUAUAGGUGAUGUCAGAGGUCUCCAUGAGGGGGAAGUCGGAGCACAGGGAUCAUAGACAAUUUUCCCACUAGUAAUUACCAGUUGGAAGGGUGUUCAAGUGGAUAAAUCUCAGUCAUAUGUGGUAAAUACCACCUUCCCACUUGGUUAUGAAUGCAGCAUUAAUGAUACUGAGGACAUUGAUGAUGAUUUUCUAAUGUCAUGCUUUGAUUGAACAGGUCCUUCCCUUCAUAAGGCAACAGAAGGCACUUUGUGUUCAACAGUAAAAUGGAGGAACUUAAGUAAUUUAUAUAAUCAAGAAAAAUACACAUGUACUAUCUGUGACAUGUGGGUGAAUGUUGUUUUUUAAUUUUGUUUUUGCUUGUUUGUGGUGUUUUUAAAACAAAAAAACUUAGUUCAAUCAAGACCUGAAAGAUGGCAUUAGUUUGACCCGGCCCAGGACAACAGGCCCCAAUGAGAUGUGGCGAAAUGGAUCAGAACCAAACCAGGUCUGGGUUCGAUGGUUUUGGCCAGUUCGGACUUUGAAAUUAGUUUGUGAUGCUAUUUGUACUUGCAAAUGAGGGGAAGAGUAAAAGAUAAUUUGUUUAGUUUGUUUUGCGCUUUUGCAUCAAUUAAAUAUGAAUAAAGUGUUUGAUUACAGUUCUGAAUCUGUCAUGUAUGACACGUUUUAGUGUGCUGGCGUGUUAGCAGGGGCAAUUAACUCCCUAAGCAACACGAUGUAAAACAUAAUAAAUAUAUUUUUAAAACAAAUUCCUA